GUUCACCCCGAAAUGCGCCACCGGUGGCGCACGCUCAAAAAUUCCAACAUCAAUAAUUCUCGAUGUUUUAAUAACAUAGACUACUCUAAACCCCGACGUUAGUAUUGUUCAUGAGGAACGGUUUUAUUCGCAUAUUAUUAUUCUAUAAUGUUAUAUAAUACGUAUGAAUCAAUAUUUAUCAUAUUUAAUUCACAUUAAAGUAUGUGCCACCGGUGGCGCACGUCGUCCCCUGGUGAAGAAAGGUACUUUCUCAGACGACGUGCUACACCGGUGGCGCACUCUAUUAGUGACAAAAAAUAGUGCGCGUAGAGCUUCUAUUGGCAGCCUUAAGAGUGCGACACUUGCCGGAGCUACUUAUAGCGCUCUAUUAGCAACAAUACGAAUCAGACCUUCUUUAUAAGCCGCCAUUACCUGUCUUCUUGUCGUAGAGAUUGUUCUGUGUUGCUGUAAGUUCAGUGAGUUCAUUUUUAUUUUAGAAAAUGGAUGAAUCAGACAUCGAUGACGCCCUUGAUGAUGACUUUAGUGAUCGUUCUUUGACCGAUUUUUCAGUUAGUGGCAGUGAAUAUAUGCCAUCAGAUGAGGAAAGUGAUGUAACAAGUGCAGAGGAGUUGAAUGAAGAAGAUGGCGUUGUUAGUGAUUUAGAUGAAUUGGAAUUGAUGGAAGUAGAUGAGGAAUAUCAAAGGGUUAGAGAGGAGAGUGGAGACGAAGAAGGCAAUAAUAUUGAAAAUGUAAGUGACCCUGUACAAGAUGUAGUUUGUAAGGUUCAUUGUGAAUAUGUAGAAAAUAAGUUAGAGUGGACAGAACCAAAAUUGACAUGCAGAUCAUAUCCUUUCACAGGAAAUGCAGGCUUAAAAACUGUUGGCCAAUUUAAUUUAAAUGAUCCAUUUGAAAUUUAUAAACAGUUCCUAGAUGAUACAUUAUUGAAUUUGAUUGUUUUGGAAACUAACAGGUAUGCACAUCAGUACCUUGCUUCAAAGCCUGUAAAAAAGCGUUCAGCAAUGGCUAGAUGGGUUGAUUGUACAACUGAAGAGAUACACAAAUUUUUUGGUGUACUGAUGAUCAUGGGCAUAUGCCCAUUGCCUCAAAGACAAAUGUACUGGUCAAACAAUCCCAUGUACCAAAAUAGUGUCAUCAAGAAAACUAUGAGCAGAGACAGAUUUGACUGUCUCCUAAAAUGCCUACAUUUCCAAAAUAAUGAGGAACCAGCAACUGAAGAGCCUCGGUUGUGGAAAAUAAAGAAACUGCUCAAUCAUUUAAAUGCAAAAUUUGAAAGUCUGGUAACACCUGAAGAGUCACUAGUUAUUGACGAGUCUAUGGUUCCAUGGAGAGGGCGUUUGAUUUUUAAACAAUAUUUGCCAAAAAAGGCUCAUAAAUAUGGAGUCAAAAUUUACAAGAUUUGUACCACUGAUGGGUAUACUUUAAAAGCAAAAAUUUACGCUGGUAAGUCAGACGUAACUGCAAGAGAGGCACAUGCAGAUAAAAUUGUCAUGCAUUUGAUGGAAUCAUUUCUAAAUGAGGGUAGAACACUGUUUGCAGAUAACUUUUACAACUCCACAAGGUUGGCCAACACUCUGCUUGAGAAGAAAACUUAUGUUUGUGGCACCCUUCGAAGUGACCGAAAAGGCAAUCCAAAAGAAGUCACUAGCAAAAAAUUAGCCAAAGGUGAAGUAAUUUGUCAAGAAAGCAGUACAGGAGUAAAAGUACUUAAAUGGCAUGACAAAAGGCCUGUACUGAUGAUAACCACUCGCCCUGAAGACGUUUCUACUCUUGUGGCAAGCAAAAAAAACAACAAAGAAAGGCGAGGUUGUCAUGAAACCAUCAUGUGUCAUGGCGUACAAUGCAGCAAAAAAAGGAGUGGACUUUUCAGAUCAGAUGUCCUCUUAUUACACUCCUAUCAGAAAGACUCUCAUUUGGUACAAAAAAGUUGCACUGGAUCUUCUCCUAGGUACUUGUGUAGUGAAUGCACUAGUACUACAUAACAAGUACUCAUUAAACCAAAAAAAUUGUUGUAUGCUCACUUUCAGAGAAAAAAUACUUCGAAAUCUCCUUGAAGGAGAAAAUGUUGGAGCCCUUGUUCAAACACCCCAAGAUGGCAGGCAAGGUACCAAGAAACUAAAACAUGUGCUCUCAAAGCGUGAAGGGACUGCAAGAGAAACCAGAAAACGGUGUGUCAGCUGCUACAGCAAAAUGAAGGAAGAAAGGGGGGCCAAAGCAGCAAGGACGUACGCAAAACGUGUUUCAACUUACUGCAAAGGGUGCGAUGAGACUCCUACAAUGUGCUUAGAGUGUUUUAACUCCAAGCACUAAACUGAACACCAUUUGUAAUAGGAAAGCUAAUGUUUAAUUAAAAUAUCUUGAGUUUCAAAUUUA